UUAAAGUCCACCCCUGGGGAACACACAGAGUGAGUGCUGCAGAUAACUGCAGUUCUGCCUGUCAUCUGGCUGGUGGCUGUGUACCUGGACUUCUUUGGACACUGGCUGAGCUUUGAAGAAAGGCCUCAGUACCUACCUGGCUACAGGAUGAAGGUGGCCGCUGGCUUCUUGAUUUUGUGGCUUAGCCUCGGGGGUGGCCUGACUCAGAGUGGCACCAGCCCUGAUGCGGAGGAGUCUUAUUCUGAUUGGGGCCUUCGGCACAUCCGGGGCAGCUUUGAAUCUGUCAACAGCUACUUUGAUUCCUUUCUGGAGCUGCUGGGAGGGAAAAAUGGAGUCUGUCAGUACAGGUGCCGGUACGGAAAGGCACCAAUGCCCAGACCUGGCUAUAAGCCUCAGGAACCCAACGGCUGCAGCUCCUAUUUCCUGGGUCUCAAGGUACCAGAAAGUAUGGACCUGGGCAUUCCAGCAAUGACCAAGUGCUGCAACCAGCUGGAUGUCUGCUAUGACACCUGCGGUGCCAACAAGUAUCGCUGUGAUGCAAAAUUCCGAUGGUGCCUCCACUCAAUCUGCUCUGACCUUAAGCGGAGUCUGGGCUUUGUCUCCAACGUGGAAGUAGCCUGUGAUUCUCUGGCUGAUACUGUGUUCAAUACUGUAUGGACCUUGGGCUGCCGACCCUUUAUGAAUAGCCAACGGGCAGCCUGCAUCUGUGCAGAAGAGGAGAAAGAAGAGUUAUGAGGAGGAGGUGAUUCCUUCCUGGUUUUGAGGACACCACAGCUGUCAGUCUCAGAGAUGAUAGUCUGGCAGACAUGUCUCAUCUUUCUUUCAUAAGUUUGGAUACCACAAAGCAGGAGAAAGGAGACAUUGUUCUACAUUGUUCUUCAGCUGAAAAAGUGACUCCCAUCAUUUGAAGAGAAUUGAAAAAAAGACAUGGAGUAUUUGAAGGCUUCCCAACCAAGACACAUUUACCUGGAAAUUUAGUUCAUGGUGGAAAGUCUAAAAUACUGGGAUUCCUGGACUUGAUAAUUAUAUUCAUAAAUGAAAUUUUGAAGAGCCCAACCAUUUGGGAGGCUAGGAUUUCCUCUGGUCCAUGCUUCAGUUGCCAGAAGCAUCUCAUGUUU